UCAUCGAGGUCGGUCGUAAGGCCGGUCGCAUCGUAAGACAGAUAUUUAAGAUUUUUUCUGCGACUACGGCCGAACCGUUUUAUGAACACGGUCGUACAUCUUCGGUCGCAGCUAAGACUGUUUUCCGUCGUACGACCUAAAAAACAGUGAUGCAGUCUGAAAUGUAAACAUCCGGGUCACGUGACUUAUGUCAAAAAUCGUCUGUAUCUAAUGACAAGAUGUCCGCUACAAAAGUAAAAACAAGCAGAAAGAGUAAUUGGCAAGUAAACGAAGUCAGCGUCCUUGUCAACGGAUGCACAGACAAUGUGUCUACCAUUUAUGGUAGGCACGGAGACACAAGUGAAAAGGAAAAGGGGCAGUUCUGGAGGGAUAUUUGUGAAAGAAUUAACAGUAUUGGAGGGUUAGACAGGUUGGUAGAGGAGGUGAUGAAAAAAUGGAAGGAUUUGAAGAGUCAGACAAAGAAGAAGGAGCAGAUCAGGAGGAAGGAAAUGGGGAAGACAGGUGGAGGUGGGGCAGUGAAUUCAUUGAGAGAUUGGGAAGAGAAGAUAAUAUCAGUAAUACCUUCUGCCGUAAUAGAUGGACUCAAUGAUGGACAGGACAUUUUCAAAAAGAAUGCUGAAGGUUGUAGCAUUUGAACAGCUUUGAAUUUUUUUU